AUGUCCCUCUGGAACCCAGAUAACAUCCGCGACGUCGCCGAAUCAGUCGGUAUAAGCUCCCUGAAUGACGAUGUGGUUGAAAACCUCUCCCGCGACGUCGAGUACCGCAUCUCUCAGGUCCUGGAGGAAGCUCUCAAGUUCAUGAGACACGGCAAGCGCACCUUGCUCACAACACAGGAUGUGUCGAAUGCGCUGAGAGUGUUGGAUGUGGAACCGCUGUACGGAUAUGAAUCUGCGCGGCCGCUGAGGUUCGGCGAAGCCACUAUCGGCCCUGGCCAACCGCUGUUCUACGUUGAGGACGACGAGGUUGAUUUCGAGAAGUUGAUCAAUGCGCCGCUUCCAAAGGUCCCUAGAGAGAUUUCAUUUACGGCGCAUUGGCUUGCUGUCGAAGGCGUACAGCCUAGUAUACCGCAGAACCCUACGGCGGCAGAUACUAGACACCUCGAAUUAGUUUCCAAGGGUCCGAAUGCGAACGCGAACCUUGCUGCUAUGAGCGGGAACGAGAACGUGAACAUCAAGCCGUUGGUCAAGCACAUACUGUCGAACGAGCUGCAGCUUUACUUUGAGCGUGUGUGCAAUGCCUUCCUGGACGAUUCGAACGAGGAGUUCCGGAACUCUGCGUUUUCUAGUUUGAAGGAGGAUCCUGGGCUGCACCAGCUGGUUCCUUACUUUGUACAGUUCAUUUCGGAGAAAGUUACGCAUAAUAUGAAGGAUAUCUUUGUACUGACGCAGGUUAUGCAUAUGAUCGAGGCAUUGAUCAGGAAUCCGACGUUAUACGUUGAUCCAUACGUUGCGCCCUUGAUUCCACCGGUGCUGACCUGCCUUAUAGGCCGGCAGCUAGGGAGCAGUAACGAUGCAGUAGAACACUUUGCCCUCAGAGACCUCUCGUCUUCUCUCGUAGGGAUGAUUGCAAAGAAAUAUUCACCGUCUUCGCACACUCUUAAGCCUCGACUGGCACGAACAUUCCUCAAGACUUUCCUUGAUCCCGGACAGACCUUCGGAGCCCACUACGGCGCCAUCAUUGGGCUCCAGUCCAUUGGCGGCCCAAACGUCAUCCGCGAGCUGAUAAUCCCUAAUCUCCCCGUGUAUGAAGUCGUGCUCAAGGACGCAGUAACGGACGAGGGACUACGGAAAGCGGAGGCAGAGAAAGUAGCCGGGGUGAUCAUUGCCGUGCUGUCAACGAUCCAGGAUGAGUCCCUCGUCCACACAAACGGAUAUUCGGACUCUGCUGCAGAGGCCCUGGGCAAGGAGCUGGCAGAGAAGGUCGGCGAGCUGAUUGCCUCCCGCAUCAUCGAGUCCGGCCAGCUUCCUCUCGCCAGGGCGAUCCUCGAGAAGCAGUGA